AGCCAGUAGGCAAACCGAAAUAAACCCAAUCAACAAAGCCGCUACCUCCAUUGAUUUCCGGACAGUGCUUGUGUUAUUAUCACCAUGACGACGUCAUCGUGUCAAAAAUCGUCAUAUUCCGUUAAAGGUGGAGCUCUUUUCUGUUUUUUUUCUCAGGCGGUUUUAAAUACUGCAUCCAUCAUGGCAAUUCAAUUUAGAAAUUGAAUGAAAAGAAUGCGUGUUUAGGAACAUCAUAGCAGAUUGUUCAACCAGUGGCUGGCGGGAAAUUAUAUAUGGUAACUGUGACAUCCAAAGUGACUGUUAGAGAAUAAUAUAGGAAUUAAAUGAAAAAUGAGUUUGAAGCGGAAGUUUUCGAGAACGGAAGAGAAAGAGCGGACCAGACGGGAAAAUGAUAUGUGUAAACAGCUCGGAAUCACCAAAGACCAGUUUCAAAAAAUCAAGCUGGGGUUCCAGGCGAUCGACAGGAACAAGAACGGCUACAUCACCGAGACCGAUCUCAAGGAAGUCGUUCACCUGCUGGGACAGAACAUGUCGGACCGCGAUAUUACCGACAUGAUGAGGAAAGCAGACAAAAACGGUAGUGGUAAUAUCGAGUUCGAGGAGUUUGUCGAGAUGCUGGCGCCGCGCUUCAAGGAAAAGGACGAGGUCGAGCGCGAGAUGAAGGAGGCAUUCCAGAUGUUCGACACGGACGGUGACGGCUUCAUCAACGAGCGCGAGCUGCGCGUCGCCCUGACGCGGGUGGGCGAGGCGCUCACUGACGCACAGGUGCAGGACGUCUUCAGGGACGCCGACAAGGACGGCGACGGCAGGAUCAGCUAUGACGAGUUUGCUAAAUACAUUUGCUCCAACAUGUAAGCAGUCUCACCUGUUCGUGCAACAGUGAAGAAGUUACAAAGUGAAGCGCCUCCCGUCUUGACAUUACGUUUUGUGGAGGCAUUACAAGAAGGUUUUCUCUUACUUCAAACUGAACUGAACUGUGUGUGAUACCUGUGCCAUAUCAUUACAAACUGUGACAAACAUUUAAUAUAUUAUGAGGAUGUUUUAUCAAUUCCAUAGUUUGUUCGUCUACUAAGAAGAAGAAGAAUUAACUUUGACAAAUGGAAGAAACAAAGGUUUAAAACGAAGAUUCUGUAUUUUAACCUUCUUUUCGCCAUAUUGGACAGUACCCACAUGGUGAACAUUUGUGUGUGUCGUAAAAAUAUCUUUCGCGCCGGUUUAGUUACGUACCAGAAGUUAUAUUUUUUUUUAUUGGUAAAGAGUGGAUUGAAACAAUUAAGAUGGAUUGGUUGGACAGUAAUUUGUUAACACAACCUGACUAAUUUAUUUUAAAAUGUAUUUCAUUGGACGGGUACGGAUCAAAGAAAAGGCUAUUUGAGUGGCAUCACCUCGCCAGAAAUUAAUGAUUCCUUGAAAACCGAGUGUUUAACGUACAUAUAUGUAACACAGGGCUGUAGCUAGCGGAAGCCAAGGGACAUUUUUGGCGAUUUUUGUAGCACCGCGGGGAGUACAUUUUAUAUUUUAUGACAGUGAUUCAUGAGUGCCUGUCAUCACAUCUGUAGUUAUUCGAAUGAGCUCUGUCCGGUGCUAGUGUUCAUUUAGUAAACUAGUCUGGGACUAGCUGUCCUCUUUUUGGCAGUGCAAUAAAAAUAAAAAUUCAAAAUAUUAACUCCGGUAAAAAUAACAUGACAAUUUACUUGGUAUUGAUACUGAUGUUUUAAGUAUGUAAGCUCCCUGAAAUGGUUGCAAAAUGUAUUUCAGAGCCUCUAGAUUUCAACAUUUCCUGGGGCAUGCCCCUGGACCCCCUAGUAUAUUGCUCCUUUCAUGUUCGUUCGUUCCAAGAAUUCACCUGUACCCCCCCCCCCCCCCCCCCCCCUCCCUUACAAAUGUUAGCUACGGCCCUGUAACAAUUACUACAUGAU